UCUCAAACCACGGAAGCAAUAUCCAUCCUUUAGUGUAGUUGUAAAUUGUGAUGGCAUUAUCCAUCUCUUCUACUGCCCCCGCCGCAACGAUAUUUUCCAACUCCCAAUUCAAUCGAUUCAGAGUGGUCACCGUUAAGUGUGAAUCAAAAGAACCACCACCUGAGACGGGGCUCCGGCUACCGGCAAAAAGCUCAAAACUUGAGAUCGGCUCCCCUGUUAUUGUUACUGAGGCUCCCAAAAUGAUAAAGACGGCUGCAUCUGUUCCAUGCCUUCGGGUGAAUUCUGGCUUAGUCAACCCUGGUGAUGUUGGAAGAAUUGUGUCAAGAAAGCCCAAGGAUGUGUGGGCAGUUCGUCUUACCAUUGGCACUUAUCUCAUAGAUGGGAAAUACUUCGAGCCCUUGCAGCUUGAUGAAUGAUUCUGUAGGCUAUCAUAUCAGCUUGUUUUCAUUUGAAGCAUUGGAGGACAGAAUUCAUGAAAGUAGCAUUAGGAGAUCUUGUGUAUAAUUUUUUUUUUUUUUUUUUCUUCUCUAAAAUUUUAUUUUUGUUUGUGCGAAGGCUCUAUAUAUUAGCUACAGUAAUAUUAGAGCAAAUCU